GUCAAAUUGAGGGUUUCCUUAUACUCAUUGGUGUAUCCAAGGUGUGAAAUGGUACACCUAGAUAGGUACUACUGACAGUACCUGAUACCUCGGGGAUUUUUCUCCGACUCGGGGUUGUCUCUGAAUCUCCGAGCUUUUUUUUUGUUGAGAACAAUAUACGCUGCCUAAUACCAUAUUAGCCCCCUUCGAAUAUUUAUAAGAAGCCGUUGGAAUGAGAAUUUUACUUUAUUAUAUUUUCUUCUAUUUUUCCACUUGAUAUCCCCCAAGUUGUGACACCGUACCUCCAAAACCACAAUGCUCCGAUCACUUCUCGCCCUCAGCGGCCUCCAACGCGAAAACUACAUCUUCCCCACUGUCGACGCUGAAAAGGAUGGCCCAGAUUGCAAGAAAGAUUGCGCCGACUGUACAGUGCAGUUCCCCUCCAAAGUGAAGAUUGAAUCGUCGCUACCACUGUACGGACAUAUCAAGGAGUUUCACACCCAUGUCUUGGUGGCGACAGGGAAAUCAGACUGGAAGGAGCACGUUGAAAACGAGAAGGGAAGCUUGAUGGAAGCCUUUCAUGACAAUUCCUCCAAAUCUAAGCAUGGGCGCAUGAUGAUCUCCGCGUCGAAUCUCAACCCCCCCCCCCAAGAGAGCGACGACAACGACAACAACAACACCCAGGGAACAACGAUCCUACUUCUCCCAUCCUUUAAAUUUGUCGACUCCAUUCAACCCACUGACGUUCCCACGGUGAUCGACCAUUUCAUUGAUGCGCCUCUCUCGCGCGGCUCCCAGAAGAAAACCAACCAGUUACCAAACUCCCAGGUGACAAGUCGACCCUGUGAAUAUGACUACGUGGUGCUUCUUUGCUCGCAUAAACGGCGCGACGCUCGGUGCGGCCUCACAGCUCCCCUGAUCAAGCGCGAGCUCGAACGGCAUCUUCGGCCGUUAGGGCUGUACCGGGACGCGGACGACGAGCGGCCCGGCGGAGCAGGCAUUUUCUUUGUCUCGCAUGUCGGCGGGCAUAAAUUUUCAGCGAAUGUGUUGAUUUAUCGGAAGAAGGAGCAGCAGAUGAUCUGGUUGGCGAGAGUGCGGCCCGAACAUUGCGCAGGGAUCGUUACCUAUACGCUUUUGCAAGGGAAAGUGGUGCAUCCCGACUUUCAGUUGAGAGGGGGGUUUGAUCGACUGAAAGGGUUGACUAGUUGGUGAUAUGAUAUCAUUUACUAUUAAAUACCUAUUAG